CGAAAGUUGAAAUACUAAAAAAUUGUAUGAUUUUGCGUUUGUUUAAAAAGAUGAAUAUGGUAUUGUAAAUAUAGCACAGCAGCUUUUCCCAAGUCCGCUAGGAUCGAUACAGAAAGAGCACUAUAGAACUGUUUCACAUGUACAGCGUACACAAACAACAAUGAGAGGCGAGUUACUUCCAAACUUCACAUCCAAGUUUGUGCCAUUUUGUGAAGCGACAGCCGAUUGCAUCAGUGCACAGCUCCCAAAGCAAGAUGCAGCUUUACUUGGUGGUUUGUUUGAAGAUGGAGGGCUUGCUUGGGUGGCAAGAGGUGGUUCACUAGAGGUCAUCGAUACAGUCUCAGGUUUGAGGCAGGCAGCAUGGCAAUUCGGUACAAUCUUAAAUGAUGAUGGCGUUGCUGUGACGUGCGUCUCAGAUUACCAGGUGACGGCACAUUGCUCAAUACUCCUGGUAGGCCUGGACAUGAGUGGGCGUGCUGGAAUGCUGUGCCUAUUCGACCCCGUCACGUCAACAGUGCGGAAGGCCAUUGCUGUUAAAGAUCCGGUGACGUGUGUUGAGCCCGUGUGUGGUGCUGAUGCGGCUGACGACACGCUGAGCGAGCACCUGCAGUGGUUCCACGGCGUCGUCGCUGUCGGCACGCGCCGCGGACACGUCUACCUGCUCGACCUGUGCUGCGACGAGCGCACGUACGUGUCGGACGAGGUCAGCAGCAGCUCGAUGCGCCUCAUCACGGCGCGCACGCCCAACGUGCAGCAGUGCAGGGACGAUGCGCUGCAUCGCAGACAACACCUGUGCCUGGAGGUCGGAGAUGACAGUCACAGAAAAGGAAAGUUUCAGUAUAGAAAGCCAGAUAGCAGCAUCAUGGAAACAUUGACAGCAGAUGCAGUCUGGGUUACGUGUGCCAAGUACGUGAAAGAGAUCGGAAUGCUUGCAGUGGGUUUCAACUUUGGCUGCUUCCAGCUCUGGAGUCUCAGCGGCCCAAACCUCGAAUAUAGCAGUCAAUUUGAAUGUGACCUUUCACCCAUUACUAAAGUAGCAUAUCAAGAACCGGAAAACGAUCCAAGAAAUUACAAUUACCUUUGGGUGGCUAGUGGCCCACUGUCACUGGAAAAUAGUAUCCACAUACCAGCGUCGCUGUGGUUAUACCAGUUGGCUUUCUCCAAGAAGUGUUGGUUACACGAAUCUGGUUUCUACUUUUACGAGGAGUUUCAGUCAUGCGGCCCACGCUACGAGUUUAACUUGACGGAAGACCCAUACAAUCAGUUAGAGGAUACGUUCUACGGCAGCCGGCUCAUAUCUUGUGCUACGAUCGGAGCUGAUAGGCAGGCAGCCCUCAGAGGUCUGGGUGAUGACGAGCAGAUGGGAGAGGAUAGCAGCAGUGAGGAGGAAGAUCGGCACAGCAAUGACCUGAGUCUGUGCGCGUUCGUCUGGGAGACGCAGCCGUCGCAUCCGACGUCUCAGUCUCAGUUUGUACUCGGUAUAUUCGACAUGAAUCGCUGGUACCACGCACAGAUGCCAACCAGUCUCAGGCCUGGCAGCAGUGACUGCAGCUAUUUUGCUUUCUUCUCCAUUUCAUCAGCCGUGGAUGAUGUGUCGUCUGAAGUCAUGCUGAAUGUACACAUUCCACCGAGCAGCCUGGCAAGCGUUUAUUGCUGUGGCACCACAAGACCAGCAUUGCUUUCCAUCAUCCCUGUCAUUUGGCUAAGCGAUCUUUCUUGCAACAUACAGCACAGGGAGCAUCUGACUUUCAUGCCGGAGAUGUUACUGACAGUGGUACUGAUUUUGAUUCCGAAGCUAGAGUUUCUAGCAGCAUGCGUCAGAGAAAUGUCUGAGGUGCAGUGUGUUGAGUCGGGAUGCACAUUACGCUUCUUAUUUGAGUGGGCGUGGAGUAAAGUCAUUGAGACCAAGGUAGCUUUCGACAAACUCGUGGUACCGCUCUACAACUGGUCAGGGGUGCAGCUGGAUGAUCCGGCCGUGCGCAGUCUUUACCAGCAUUCGUCCAGACUGCAGCAUUUGAUAAACCUCUACCGCAUGGUGCUUGACAGUCACACCUUCAUGACGACACAAGGUGCUACAGAGCUAAAUGUUAGACUGAAGGUGCUCACAUUGCUCUCUCAGCAUAUAGAGGUGGUCAUCUGGUUCGUUGACAAAAAACUGCUACCGGAGAAUGAAGAAGGUCAACAGCUGUACGGUGACUUGCUGGCGUAUCCAGCGCAGGCACUCUCUAGAAUCACCACUGCAAGAAGACGGGAAAUGCGUGAGAGGAGCGGUUCGAGGGAGAUGGACGUAUUGCUGAUUGAUGGUCUUAUUGCUAGUACGGGUGACUGUAUCACGCAGCUGUGGGGGAAGGCUGAUGGUAAUGGCCUUUACCCACCACCUAGCCUACACGAGUUAUUGAAUGUCUACCUACUCGAUGAUGUGCCUCUGGAGAAGAAACACUGCCUCGUGCUCUACCUUCUCAUAGACCUCAUGUCAAUCUGUGCUGAGCAGCGGCUAAUCAAUGUUGUUGACGAGCUUCGAAGUUUCUGGUCAGCGUUUCGUCUUCCGGAGGGCAAGCUCAAGCUGAUGCAGGCCUUCUGGCUGUUUGACCAUGGCGAUCUAGAGGAUGCUGUAAACCUGUUUCUGCAUCCCAUGGUAAACCACGCCGUCGCGUAUCCAUGGCAACAUGCUCUGAUCAUGAAGACGUUGCUGCACGAGGGGGAGUCUAGUCUGGCACUUCGCUACAUGCGCAUCAUGCAACCCGUGAGCAACGAUGUGAAUGACGUCAGUCUAAAGAUAUCUGUGCUGGUGGAGAAUGGGUUGAUAGCAGAGGCACACAGCUUCCAGAGAGAACAUGCAUUUGCUGCAAACAGUGAGGUCCUGUUUAGACACUUCUUCACUGCGUGUAUGAAGACAAAGUGCGUCUAUCAGCUGCUGCAGCUUCCCCUGGAUUCUCUGGAGGAGCAGUACCUGGUCACAUUUCUGAAGAAGCGCAUGGACGAGGUUGCGUCCGGCGAGCUGCUCGUCAUGUACCUGCUACAGAGAGCACGCUACAUCGAGGCCCUGCAGCUGAACGAGAGCCUCAAGCGUCUCACAAUGGUAUCGAUGGACCGAGCUGUGAGAGAACGGGUGGCGACUAGGAAUUUGAUAGUAGACAUGUACAUGAAGACACUGCCCGAUGUGCAGCGUAAAUUGGCCCUGCACCCUGAUGCCUACUCCGUCAGACCGACGUACACAAAACGAUUUGCACGUCCGAAACCACUGUCGACUGUCGUAACGCAGUCUAAGAUGAAGACAAUGACGCUGGCGACCCUGUUUGAGACCAUGCUAGAAAAGGUUGGGGAACUAAAACCCAAAGAAUCGUCUGAUGAUUGGCCGGAAGUGGACUCACACGUGCCAUUCCUAAGCACGCCAAUUACGCCACGUAGGCACGCCUCUAGGAUACGCCGUGUCUCGGAUGGUGAAGCUCACGUUGAUCACACGCUGCGAUUCUACAAGGCACCCGAGUUGUCAGCGGACAUGUUCGUGUCACGAGCCAUAAGUCCACAGCAGCGGGCCGAGCUGAGCAAGAUCAAAGAGAGGCUGAUGCGGAGCACGCUGCCACUGCUGCAAACGCCUCCUGUCGUCAGGCAGCGGGCGCGGACGGCAUCUCAGCAUCGCGACGCGACGCCCCAGAGCAUCCUGAAGGUGCGCGAGGCGAUCGCACUCUCCCCGAGCCCCACGCUGACGCGCGCGCGAGCCAAGCCGCUGCGAGAAUCCUUGGAUGAGAGUGCUCAGAAGACAUCGUCUGCAGCUGGUUCCUCUUCUAAGCAGCUGAGAUUCGUCUUGCCAGAUAAUGAUAUCUCACUGAUUCCUUCUGAGGAAGAUGGGGCUUCGCGGCGUGCCAGCCUCACGUCGAUCAUGAUCCGUUCGCGCGUUCCGACGCCGAAGCGCACGCCACGAUUCUCCCUGACGCCGCACAGCGUUGCCGUGACGACGAAGACGUCAACAGACAGCGUCGCCGCGACGACGGCGACGGACAGCGACAGCGCCGGCGACGCGAGCAUUGACAUCUCGGGUGUGGAGCAUCACCAGGUGGCGCCUCCGACGGUCGCUGAAGACAUGGACACUUUGGAGGAUUAUGGCGACGAGACUCCAGAGAUCGAGGGGUCGGUGGAGGACCAGAGCGGCGAACGGCGCGGGAAUUCAUCCUCUAUGGAGGAGGGCUUUGUUGGCGAGAAGGCUAAUGAGGAGGAUGAGGAGCAGGAGGAGGAGGAGGAGGUGCAGGAGGAAGAGAUGGAGAUGGACGAUGAGUCAUUCCAUACGCCACAACAUAGCGUUGUCGUGGACGAGGAUAUCACGUUCGUGAGUCUUGGGAGAUCUACUGGCAGAAUAGCAGCGUCGAUGAACGAUACGGCGAAGUCGAGCGACAGCAUCGACACCGUUCCCAUCAUCGGCAGCCCGGCUGGACAACCCUCGCCGGACGACCGCACCCGCGUGUCCACGCCGCUCUCGCUGCUCAGGCACCUAUCCAGCCCGCAUUCGCGCUUCCUCGCGGGGAAGCCCCUUCUGGGAGUGUCGCCCCUCGCCCGCGCCAGCAUCGGCGAGACUGCGAGCGCCGUCGCCGGAUCCCCGACGCUGACGCCCACGACCGGUGGCGCCCCCGCGGAGUCGUCGUCGUCGUCUUUUAUCCGCGCAUCGCCCGUCAUCAAGCGGUCGCCGCUCGUGAGGCGCGCGAUUCGGCCGGAGUUAGAGGACGCGUCGCCGGGCGUCGCCGCCGCGUGCGAUCAGUCUCCUUAUAUCUCGCGGCGCGAAGGUCACGCAGAGGUGAUGCAGUACAGCGAUCUAGAGGGUGGCGCCGGUGCGGAAGAGGCUGUGGUGGAGCGACGGGCAGGCGAGAUGAAGUCUCAUCAUGACAGCGAGGAGGAGGGAGAAGAACUGCAAGCAGACGAGCCUGCGUUUCGUCGUGAUGAUGACGUGAACGUGCACGCAAACGUUUCUGUGUUUCGAAGCGACGGUGAAGAGGUGAUGGAACGGCGUGAGAGCGCAGAGAUUCCUCACGUUAAUGAUGCAGGAGCAGAGCAGCAGGCAGAGGUCGUUACCCACGAGUCCUGGCUAGAGGUUGGAGCUGCAGAUGUGACACCACCAAGCUCCACACCUCCCGCAAUGCAAACACUAGGACAAACACCAAGUCCGACAGUGUCUGCAGCAAUGACUGCAUCACUCUCACCAUCACCAACAACCCGGACGCCGCACUCGUGGUCCCCUAGGUCGCAGGCACUGGCAGAUUCUUUACCUACAGUAGCAGUUUUAUCGCACUCUGACUCCCCCACAUUACAGGUUGCAGUAGCCUCAUCCUCUCUCACGGCACAUACACCGUCACCUCCAGUGUCCGCCAAAGCACACAUGCACGCACCUUCAUCACCAACGAUGCAGACAUCAUUCCCUCUAUCACCAACAAUGCAGACAACGACACAUUUGUUACCAGUGAUACAGAUGUCGACACACUUGUCGCUGACAGUGCAAACAUCGCCACACUUGUCACCGACAAUGCAAACAUCGCCAUACUUGUCACCGGCAAUGCAAACAUCGCCACACUUGUCACCGACAAUGCAAACAUCGACACACUUGUCACCGGCAAUGCAGACAUCGACACACUUGUCACCGGCAAUGCAGACAUCGACACACUUGUCACCGACAAUGCAGCCAUCGACACACUUGUUACCAACUGUGCAGACUCUAACAGACAUGUCACCUACGACGAGACAGACACCGGAGCCGAGACAUGCGAUUCAGGAAGCGUUGACGUCCAGCCCGAGAGAUGACAAGCAGCAGCCGCAGCGACGGGACAGUGAUGACACGGUGACGCAGGUGACGCCGGACGUCUCGCUCAUCGCGUCACAGGAUUUGGAGAUGAAAGCAGAAGGAGAAGAAGUCACCUUGCAGGAAGAGAAACAGGAGAAGUUUAGUGUGCAGACACCUGUGGUCGCCCAAACUUUGCGAUCAACGAGAUCAAAGAGCGCAAAGGAAGAAGAAUCGAUUUACACGUUUGCUAAGCCACUAACAGUGACAGCAGUAACGACCUUCACCGCCAAUGAAGUGGACGCUUUCUCCUUCAUCUUCUCUCCUCCCCUCAUGCGCUCUGCCAUGCAGCGCAUAAGCCUCGACUCGAGCGCCGCCAGCGAACUCGGCCUGUCGGUCGCCAUGGCGACGCGUUCGCGCCGCAAGCACGACUCGUCGGCAUCAAGCAUCAUCAGCGAGGCGGGUGAGACGUCUCGCAUGGUGACGCGGUCUCGAGGUAGGCACGACUCGUCAGCAUCAAGCAUCGUCAGCGAGGCGGGUGAGACGUCUCGCGUGGUGACGCGGUCUCGAGGUAGGCACGACUCGUCAGCAUCAAGCAUCGUCAGCGAGGCGGGUGAGACGUCUCGCGUGGUGACGCGGUCUCGCGGUAGGCACGACUCGUCGGCAUCAAGCAUCGUCAGCGAGAUGGGUGAGACGUCUCGCGUGGUGACGCGGUCUCGCGGUAGGCACGACUCGUCAGCAUCAAGCAUCGCCAGCGAGGCGGAUGAGACGACGACGACGCUCACACACUCGGCGCUGCGCCGCCUCAGCAAAGACGGCGGUGCAGAGAAGCAGCCGACGACGCCUGCAACAAGGUCGACGCGUUCGUUUGCAGCGCACCCUAGUGACAGCCCUGUGAGUCUGCUGUCGCCGAUCGUCGAGGAUGCGGCGACGGCGGCCGGCGCGUCGCGGACGACGAGGGCCUCCGUAGCGAAGGGAGUGCCGCGUCGGUCGCUGCGCACAAUCAAGAAGAGCAGAAAGAUCCUCGCGAAGAAGAAGUCGUGAGACGGGGGAGCAAGCGGCCCCAUUGUUGUUGGAAGCGUAGCGAUGCAGUCGAUGACGUGUCGUAAAUGGGUGUAACUCUCGCGAGUACAGAACGUCGUGACUGUUGCACGACGCUUUGUGACGGUGGUUUUGACGUUUUAGACUUGCGAUGUCAGAAGCAUUUACGUUGCUGAUAGGAGUUACGAUGGGCUCCAGGGUUUCAGCAGAAACCGAGGGAGCACCCAAGCAUACAAAGGUAGGAUGCGUUGUCAUGGUGAUUGUAUGUAGCCUGAGCUUUAACAAGGAGGGUCAAAUAUCAAGUGCUAGGGGUCAAAGGACUAAUUUGAGGUAUUUCCGUUGAUAUAUCGCAUAGAGAUCACCUUUUCAGAGCGAGGGUUUGUGUUUUUACGACUGUAUUGAGAGGAACGUGGGCUAUACUUUCUAAGAUGUACUUUAUAUGGGUAUGCAGUACGAGAUAGCAAGCAGCAGUCAAGGAAACUCAUUUAUUCUUUAUGUUUCCAGGAAAUAUGGAAUGGCUAUAGUUAUAGAAGCUUGGGUGUGUGUUUCAUGUGAAAGAAAUAAUCCAAUUCAUUUAGUUUUGUUUACAUGCCUUACAUAUGUGCAGAACAGGCAAUUAUUAAAGAUACGUGCACAGUGACAUUUUGAUUCAUUCAACUCUCUGCCACUUUAUCCACGAUGUUAAGCAGCUGUAGUGUAUGUAACAGAACUGUCCUUUAGUGAUAUUUAGCUCAGAAAUAUUACCGAGAUGAUUCGAAGUAGCAGACCGAAGUGCAUUUGAUUUAGUUGAUCUUGUUCGGUGUAAUAGGCAUGUGACCUGGUGCUUGGUAUAUCUGAGAAGAAUUUAGAAAUUCGGUAGACUUAUAUAACAUGUACAGGUGUUCAUAUGAAAUGAAUAUGCUUAUAUGACUUAAGCAACAUCAGUCAUAACUUAGGUAAUCAAUUGUAUCGUGUGAUCAUUGUGCUAUAAAUAAUAAGUGUAUUUCGACCAAUAGAUGGCGCCACCUUUUCAGCUAAAUAAAAAGAAUGUAAUACAUGUACAAUGUA